CAAGAACAAACACGCCAUUUGUAAACGAUAAAGAACCUGUCCAUUUCUGAAACAAUAUUUUUACUGGAUGUAUUUCUAACAUUAACAAGGACAAAAUGUCAUCCAGAGCGAGUAGAAGUGGUGGAAAGCCAUUUUCUGCAAAUCGUACACGUGUUGAUAGCGCUAACAAGACAUCUGGUGGACAGGCUUACCCAGAAAUCAAACAGAGAGGUUAUUAUUCCGAUAUUAUAGGAACUGAUGGGAGUGAUGGACAAUUAGAUUAUGUAUUAAAUGGACCAGUAACUGCACAAGACACACUGUGGAAUGUUGCCAAAGAAAAACACACACCAAAAGUCACAUCAUUUGAAGAAAAGGGAAAUGUUAUUGAACAGAUCAAAAGCCAGUCUCAUGGACCUUCAACAGAAAUUACUGCAAUAUCAGAUUUUUCAAAAAGUUCAAGUGAACCAAAGGUCCAGUUGCCAUUUUACACAAAACCUGGAGAUUGUCCUAGAAAAAUUGAAGUAGAAAGGAGGAGAAGAUUAUAUUCCACACUUGAAUUGAAAAAUCUCUUGAAAGAUCAGGGAAUCCAAACUGAUCAGUUGAUGCCAAAACAGACGAGUAUGCCAGUCCAAAUCAACAUGGAUCCAAACGAUCCUGCCCCAUUCCCUGCAUAUCUGCCGUUACAUUUAUUUGACAAUGAGGAACAUGAUUGCCGUCUGCCAAUAGAGUGGCUUAAGAUGGGACAGGAUAAUGGAACCAAAAAACCAGUUCCUGCUCUUGCACUGUUACCCAGUAAAGAUACUGACAAAGAAUUGGAUCCAACUGACCCAAAGAUCAAAUAUGAAUGGACAGAUGUAGGUAUCCUAGAUUAUGACCCUAAACAGCAGUUAUUUUUUGUUCAGAAGUGUAAUUCCUCAGGCAGGAUUGUAGAUGAAUCUGGUAAAGCUGUAGUAAAUGGAGGAAUCCAAUCAGAUGGCUCUAGAAUGGACUUAAAGAACCAGUAUUGGAUACACAGAGUAAGAUUAAUGUUAAAAGCUGAAGAUCCCAGAAUCUUUGCCCAGAGAGUAGCCGAGGCAUUCAGAUUACGUAAAGAGACAGAAGCACUUCUCAGAUAUAACCUAUAUGUUGACUGUAUGCCUAUGGAUGGUGUCGGAGAAUUAGAUCAAGCUUCACUCAGACGGAUGGUAGAAUGUGCUAAAAAUAGUCCUGGAAUAGGAAGAGACAAAAAUUUGGAAGAUUAUAUUCAAGUUUUGGAGAAGGAAGUGAACAUUGAUUUUUGUUGGUCUAUGAACAGAAUUAUAUUUGACAAAACAGUAGAUGAAGAUCCUGUCACAUUUGCCUUUGUGACAAAACCUGAAAAGAAGGAAGAAGUUGUACCUGUUAAAGGCUGUGUCCUUGAUGUACCAGAAUACCCCUAUGAUCAGAACUAUGACCAGUUUGCCUUCCAUUCUCUGUUGACACGUAAAGAGAGUAUUGAAGCUACUGGAAAAGUCAGAACAGAAUGUAACAAAGUCUGUGGAAUGUCACUUUUUCACAUCCCCACUACCAAACCAAUGAGAUUAGAAGAAUUUGAACAGACGCAAUCACAAGCUACCUCACAGGUAUCCCUCUUCCUCAAAGACAGCUGGAUCACAGUAUUGAGAACUCAUAUCCGUACUUCACUUAGAGAUGUUGGUAAAGGAUGGUUCAACAUACAUGAGACAAAUUGGGAGGUGUACCAAAUCUCUAAACUUAAAGCAUUUAUGGAAAUGGUUAAAUUUAUUAUGCAGGAUUCCAUGAGAUAUUUGAUUCAAGAAUCAUUACUGAGCUUCACACAGAUGGUUAUUGAUGCUUGCCACUCAGCUCUCACUCUUGAGGAGGAAUUUAUUUGGGGAGGUGACUUCAUCAUGAGUCCUUUUAAACCAAAGAGAAAUGCCUUGUUCCUUGUUGAUCUGAUGUUAGAUAACCAGGGUGCCCACUAUAGUACCAAUCUUAACAGCUUCGAGAGCAUGUUGGUUGGUCUGUUUGAUAAAGGGAUACAAUCAACACAGCAUAUCCCUCAGUUGGAAAAGUACAUUCUUGAAGACAUCACCUGGUCAGGAACACCACUUCUGGAAUCUGUAGGUGAACAUGAGCCAUUUGUGGAAGAAUUAAGAGACAAUAUUUGUAACUCAAUAAGAAAGGCUCUGAUUCCAAUGAAAGCAUAUGCCAAAGAGUAUGAGAAACAUUUAGAGCUGAUGAAUACAGAUAUCAACAAAUAUGUCGAGGAAUAUGAUGCUCAGGAACACACAGCACAGGAGGUCAAGGAUGAAGUAGAACUGCAUUUGAAAGAAAGAGAAAUUUUAGAGAAUGCUUUACCCACCAAUGUAGUCAUUGGGCCAUUCUGGGUCAAUACUGACCAGGUCAAACAGAAGCUCUGUAAGAAGAGGAAAGAACUCAGUCUGGCUGUAUUGGAACUACUGGCCAAGAAAUUGAGGAAACAGGCUGAUGAUGCAUGUGAAUCAUUUAAAGAUAUAAGCAGGAAGUUGUAUGACAAAUGUAAUUGUAUUGAAGAACUGUCAGACAUGAGAGAAUGGAUGAAAGGAAUUCCAGAGAAAAUCAAGGAACAUCAGGAACAAAUUGACAAAGCUAUGGAGGAUUAUGAACUGAUAGAAGAAUUUUACUACAAUCUGUCACAAGAUGAUUUCAAUGCAAAAUGGACUGCUAUUGCAUGGCCCCAUAAAAUAGAGAGACAAAUGGAGGCAACAUAUACACAGUUAGAAGAGGAUGAAGAGAGGUUCCGUAAACUACAGACAUCUGACCAGGCCAACUUCAAUGACCGUUUGGACACCUUACAAAUGGUAGUAGCUGGUAUGGCUGCCCACACAGACAUCAGCAGAGCACAAGAAAUAGCAAACGAGGUUAGAAGGAUCAACAAACAACUGAAGGAGGCACAAGGUUUGGCCCAGACAUACAACAACAGAGAAAGGCUGUUUGGUCAUCCAGUUACAAAUUAUGACAAAUUAGGCAAGCUUGUUAAGGAUUUUGAACCGUUCCGUAACUUGUGGUUGACUGUUUCUGAUUGGUUACGAUGGCACGAGAGCUGGAUGAAUGACCCACUGGAGGCCAUCAAUGCAGAAGAAGUCGAGAAAAAUGUCAACGAUUCUUACAAAACAAUGCACAAAUCUAAUAAGGUGUUUGCAGAAAUGCCAGGUGUACAACAAGUAGCUGCUGAGAUAAAGGCCAACAUUGAGGAUUUCAAACCAUUUAUUCCACUGAUCCAAGGUCUACGUAAUCCUGGUAUGAGGAACAGACAUUGGGAACAGUUGUCAGCUGACAUUGGCAUGGCAGUUCGUCCAAAGAAGAAUCUGACAUUCUCCAAGUGUUUAGAGAUGGGACUUGAUAAACAUAUGGCUACAAUCACCAAAGUAGCUGAAGUAGCUGGAAAAGAAUAUUCAAUUGAACAGGCCUUAGAUAAGAUGGAGAAGGAAUGGGAUCCAGUUUAUUUUGAGAUUAAAGACUAUAAGAAUACAGGAACAUACAUCCUGAAGGCAUCUGAAGAAACAUCACAGUUGUUGGACGAUCAUAUCGUCAUGACUCAGAGUAUGUCCUUCUCACCAUACAAGAAGCCAUUUGAGGAUCGUAUUAGCAAUUGGGAAAAUAAGCUCAAAACAACACAGGAUGUAUUAGAUGAAUGGUUAGCUUGUCAAAGAUCCUGGCUGUACUUGGAACCUAUUUUUAGCUCUGAUGACAUUCAGAGACAGCUUCCUGUAGAGAGUAAGAGGUACCAAACCAUGGACAGAAUCUGGAGAAAAAUCAUGAAGACGGCCAGAGACAAUCCACAGGUCAUUUCACUUUGUCCAGAUAAUCGUCUCUUAGACAAUCUCCGUGAAAGCAACAAACUGUUGGAACAGGUACAGAAAGGUCUGAGUGAGUACCUAGAGACAAAGAGAAAUGCCUUCCCCAGAUUCUACUUCCUGUCUGACGAUGAAUUGUUGGAAAUUCUCUCCCAGACAAAAGACCCUAAAGCUGUACAACCUCAUCUCAAGAAAUGUUUCGAGAACAUUGCUAGUCUGAAAUUUGAAGAUGAUUUGAAGAUAACAAAGAUGUUCUCAGGAGAAGGAGAAGAAGUAGAAUUCAUUAGGACAAUGUACCCCACUGGUAAUGUUGAAGAAUGGAUGCUGGAAAUUGAAAAUUGUAUGAAGGAGAGUAUGAGACUCAUUAUCAAAGCUGCUCUUGCAGAUUAUAAAGUUAAACCCAGAGUAGAUUGGGUACUGGACUGGCCAGGACAAGUUGUCAUCUGUGGUUGCCAGACAUACUGGACAGAAGAAGUGUCCCAAGCCUUGGCCGAGGGAAAUUUGAAGGAAAGGUUUGAUGUGCUUCUCUCACAAUUAGAUGAUUUACGAAAUUUAGUGAGAACCAAUAUAUCUAGGAUUGGACGUAUGACCAUGUCUGCUUUGAUUGUAGUAGAAGUGCAUGCUAGGGACGUUGUGAUUAAGAUGUUAGAGGAAGGGGUGGCCAAUCAAAAUGACUUUGAGUGGGUCAGCCAGAUCAGAUAUUAUUGGCAUGAUGAUAACAUGUGGUUACAAGCUGUGAAUGCUGAAUUUGCUUAUGGCUAUGAAUAUCUUGGUAAUACAUUACGUCUCGUCAUUACUCCAUUAACUGACAGAUGUUACCUGACAUUGACUGGAGCUCUCCAUCUUAAGUUUGGUGGUGCUCCUGCAGGACCAGCUGGCACAGGAAAAACAGAAACCACAAAGGAUCUUGCCAAGGCUAUGGCCAACCAGUGUGUGGUAUUUAACUGUUCUGACCAGCUGGAUUACAUGGCUAUGGGUAAAUUCUUCAAAGGAUUAGCAAGUGCUGGAGCAUGGGCUUGUUUUGAUGAGUUCAAUCGUAUAGACAUUGAAGUAUUAUCUGUUGUGGCACAACAGAUUACAACUAUACAGAAAGCCCAGGCACAAAGGGUGGACAGAUUUAUAUUUGAGGGUGUAGAGCUGACGUUGAAAGCAUCAUGUGCUGUUUUUAUCACCAUGAACCCUGGAUAUGCUGGAAGAACAGAAUUGCCAGACAAUUUGAAAGCUUUGUUUAGACCAGUGGCUAUGAUGGUACCAGAUUAUGCUCUGAUUGCUGAAAUCAGUUUAUUCUCAUUUGGUUUCUCAGAUGCAAAACAACUGGCCAAGAAAAUUGUUACCACUUUCAAAUUAUCAUCAGAACAGCUUAGUUCUCAGGACCAUUAUGACUUUGGUAUGAGAGCUGUGAAAUCUGUCAUUUCUGCUGCUGGUAACUUGAAGAGACAGUACCAAGACAUGAAUGAGGAAUUGAUCUGUUUGAGAGCUAUUAGAGAUGUCAAUGUGCCAAAGUUCUUGGUAGAAGAUUUGAAACUCUUUGGUGGUAUUGUGUCUGACUUGUUCCCUAACAUCAAAGAAGAACCAAUUGAUUAUGGAUCUCUUGAAACAUCACUGAGGAAGAACUGUACCAAAAGUGGAAUUAAAGAUGUUGAUGGAUUUAUCAACAAGUGUAUUCAGUUGUUUGAGACUACAGUGGUUAGACAUGGUCUUAUGUUGGUAGGACCUACAGGAUCUGGCAAAACUAAGUGUUAUGAAGUUCUAAAGAAUGCCUGCACAGCUUUGCAAGGAGAAAUGUCACCAGCUGGAUUUAUAUUUGACCCAGUUAUGACCUAUAUAUUGAACCCUAAAUCCAUCACUAUGGGACAGUUGUAUGGUGAAUUUGAUGCCAUGACUCAUGAGUGGACUGAUGGUAUCUUAUCAACUUUAAUUAGAGUUGGUAGUUCUUCAACCGACACAAUUAAACGUUGGUAUGUUUUUGAUGGCCCAGUGGAUGCUGUAUGGAUUGAGAGUAUGAACACAGUACUGGAUGACAACAAGAAACUUUGUCUCAGCAGUGGUGAAAUUAUCAAGUUAACAGAUCACAUGACUAUGAUGUUUGAAGUAUCAGAUUUAGCUGUAGCCUCCCCGGCAACAGUCAGUAGAUGUGGUAUGGUCUACUUAGAGCCUAGUUACAUUGGACUACCACCAUUUGUAGAAUGUUGGCUGAGGAAAUUACCAGAACCAAUAGAACCUUAUCAUGACCAACUGAAAGACCUGUUUGAUGGUUUUCUGCAGCCUGUUGUGAAAUUUGUAAGAAAGAACAUACGAGAGGUUGUUGAUACUGUGGACUGUAACAUUGUGUUUAGUUGGCUGAAGUUAUUGGAAUGUUUCUUUACACCAUUUGUUCCUCAGGAGGCCAGUCGGCUACGUGUGGGAGACAAACCAAUACCACAGGAACGACUGGAAAGAAUAAAAGAGCUGAUAGAGCCAUGGUUCAUCUUUUCCAUGAUCUGGUCUGUAGGCUGUACAGGGGACAAUGACAGCUGGACUAAAUUCUCAAAUUGGGUCCGAGAAAAAAUGGCAGAAAUGAAGUUUGGACUUCUAUUCCCUGGAGAAGGACUUGUUUACGAUUAUAGACUUGAUGAUGCUGGGAUCAGUAGCAGUAAGGCAGAUGAGUUGAUGGAAGAGGAGGUUGUUGAGAAAAAAGAGGUCUGUUGGAAGAAUUGGUUGAUUGGAUGUCCAGAAUUUACCAUCACUCCUGAUACCAAGUUUUCAGACAUUAUUGUACCAACUAUUGACAAUAUCAGAAGUUCUUGUAUUCUUGAAAUGUUGCUGACCAACAAAAAAUCUGUAAUGUCUGUAGGUCCAACAGGUACUGGAAAGACACUGACUAUUGCUGACAAACUUGGUACAAAAAUGCCAAAGGAAUACAUUCCAGAAUUCAUGGUCUUCUCUGCUAAAACUAGUGCCAACCAGACACAGGAUCUCAUCGAUGGAAAACUUGACAAGAGACGUAAAGGAGUAUUUGGACCACCACUGGGCAAAUAUUUCAUCUUCUUUAUUGAUGAUUUGAACAUGCCAGCAUUAGAGGAAUAUGGUGCCCAGCCUCCAAUAGAAUUGAUCAGACAAUGGAUGGACUUCAAAGGAUGGUAUGACAGGAAACAGAUUGGUGACUUCCGUAACUUAGUAGAUGUCAACUUCUGUUGUGCCAUGGGUCCACCAGGUGGAGGCAGGAAUCCAAUCUCUGCUAGAUUGUUACGUCAUUUCAACUUCAUCGCCUUCACUGAAAUGGAAGAUUCAAGUAAACGAAAGAUCUUUGGUAGCAUAUUCAAGUCCUGGGUCGAUACCGAGUUAAUGGGUUUGGUAAAUGAAGUUCCUGCCAUGCAGCAACAUGUAGACCAAAUGGUAACGACUUGUAUUUCUGUUUACAACACCAUCACCACACAGCUCCUGCCAACGCCCACCAAAUCUCAUUAUACCUUCAACUUGAGAGAUUUGUCUAAAGUUUUCCAGGGAAUGUUGAUGGUUGAUCCUACAAAAAUUGAUGGUUUGCCAAGCCUAUUGAGACUCUGGUAUCAUGAAAGCUGUCGUGUAUUCCAAGACCGUCUUGUCAACGAUGAAGAUCGUAAUUGGUUUGCUAGCUUAAUUAAAGAAAAAAUGAAAACGGACUUUAAAAUGGAGUUUGAAGAAGUUGUCACAAAGGAACCAGUUAUUUAUGGAGACUUUAUGUCUACAAGUAUGGGAGACAACAAGCCAUACAUUGAGAUAGAAGAUCACGUAAAAAUGGUCAAGGUCUUAGACGAUUCGUUAGAAGAUUACAAUCAAAUCAACACAGCCCAGAUGAAACUUGUAUUGUUUAUGGAUGCAGUGAAGCAUAUCAGCAGAAUCAGCCGUGUCAUUAGACAGCCAUUAGGAAAUGCUCUGUUGCUUGGUAUGGGAGGUAGUGGUAGACAAAGUUUAACAAGGUUGUCCGCACAUAUUGCUGAAUUUGACUGUUUCCAGAUUGAAUUGGCUAAAAACUAUGGUAUUAAUGAAUGGAAAGACGAUUUGAAAAAAGUUAUGAUGAAAGCUGGUUUAGAAAGCAAACCUGUGGUGUUUUUGUUUAGUGACACACAAAUUAAGAAUGAAUCAUUCCUUGAAGACAUUAAUAACAUUUUGAACGCAGGUGAUGUACCCAAUAUUUACGCUUUUGAUGACCAAGAACAGAUUUUUACCGCCAUGAAGCCUUUCGUUCAAGAUUUAGGUCUUCCACCAACUAAAACAAAUUUGUUUUCUGCCUAUACAAAGAGAGUUAAAAGUAACUUACACACUGUAAUCACUAUGAGUCCUCUUGGUGAGAUCUUCAGAGCCAGACUUCGACAGUUCCCAGCUUUGGUCAACUGUUGUACAAUUGAUUGGUUUAGCGAAUGGCCAGCUGAUGCUCUGAGAUCUGUUGCAAUGAGGUUCCUUAAUGAUAUCCCAGAAUUGGAUUGUACAGAUCAAGUUAUGGAAGGUUUGGUUACAAUGUGUCAAGAAAUCCAGGUGUCAGUAUUUAAUUAUACUGAAAAAUUUUUGGCAGAGUUAAAUCGUCACAACUAUGUCACACCUACCAGUUACCUGGAAUUGUUGGGGAUAUUCUCUCGUCUCGUUGGAUUGAAGAAAACGGAAUUAAACAGAUCCAGGAACAGACUAAAAACUGGUUUAGAUAAGUUGUUGAAAACAGCAGAAGAAGUAGACAAGUUACAAGAUGAAUUGGCUUCAAUGAAGCCUUUACUUGAAGAGGCUGUCAAAGAGUCAGUAUCUACAAUGGAACAAAUCUCCAAAGAUACGGUGGUUGCUAAUGAAACAAAAGCAGUGGUACAAAAAGAAGAGGCAUCUGCUACAAUCAAGGCUAAAGAAACUCAGGCCAUUGCUGAUGAUGCUCAACGAGAUCUUAAUGAAGCUCUGCCUGCCUUAGAUGCAGCUGUAGCCAGUUUGAAGUCAUUGUCUAAGACUGAUGUCGUGGAAGUCAAGUCCCUCAACAAUCCACCACAGGGAGUCAGAAUGGUCAUAGAGGCUGUUUGUAUUAUGAAGGGUAUCAAGCCAAAGAGAGUCGCUGGAGAUAAGCCAGGACAAAAGGUAGAUGAUUACUGGGAUGUUGGCAAAGCACAGCUGAGUGACCCUGGUAAAUUCCUUGAAAGUUUAUUCAAGUAUGACAAAGAUAACAUUCCUGAUGAUUGUAUUAAAAGGAUCCAGCCAUACAUUGAUGAUGAAGCAUUCACACCUGCUGCUAUUGCAAAGGUGUCUAAGGCCUGUACAUCCAUUUGCAUGUGGGCAAGAGCUAUGCACAAAUAUCACUUUGUUGCCAGAGGUGUAGCCCCAAAGAGAGAAAAGCUUCGUCAAGCUUCAGAGGAAUUAGCUGAAACUCAGCGUAUUCUGGAUGCUGCCAGACAGAGGCUACAGGAAGUAACAGAAGGCAUUGCUACACUUCAGGAGAAAUAUGAAGAUGUCCUCCGAAAGAAGGACGAACUGGAAAAUAAAUGCAGGGAAUGUGAAGAAAGACUCAUCAGAGCUGACAAGCUGAUUGGUGGUCUAGCAGAUGAGAAAGAAAGAUGGAAGGAAUCAGUAGAAACAUUGGAGAAAGUCAUUGAUAACUAUGUAGGAGAUGUGUUAAUAUCGUCUGCUUAUAUAGCCUAUCUUGGUCCAUUCACUGGAGAUUUCAGACAAAGGAUGUUUGACGACUGGGUAAAAGAACUAGACAAAUUUAAAGUUCCCAGAACAGAUGAUCCAUCCUUGAUCUCUACCAUGAGUGACCCAGUCAAAGUUCGUAGCUGGCAAAUUGCAGGUCUACCUAAGGAUAACUUGUCUGUGGAGAAUGGUGUCAUUGUACAGUAUUCCAGGAGAUGGCCCCUGUUUAUUGACCCUCAAGGACAAGCUAAUAAAUGGGUUAAAAAUUUGGAAAGGGAUGCUGGCUUGGAUGUGAUCAAGCUGUCUGAUAAAGAUUUCCUCAGAUCAUUGGAGAAUGCUGUAAGAUUUGGUAAACCAUGUCUGCUAGAGAAUAUUGGUGUUGAACUUGAUCCUGCCUUGGAACCUAUACUUCUAAAACAGACAUUCAAACAACAAGGAAGCUUGGUAAUCAAAUUGGGAGAUGCUAUUAUUCCAUAUCAUCAGGACUUCAAAUUCUACAUCACAACAAAACUGCCUAAUCCACAUUAUACACCAGAAGUGUCAACUAAAGUCACUUUGGUCAAUUUUACACUGUCACCAAGUGGAUUGGAAGAUCAGAUGUUGGGUAUUGUAGUGGCAGAGGAACGUCCAGAUCUAGAGGAAGCUAAGAAUCAACUUAUUGUAAGCAAUGCUAAGAUGAAACAGGAAUUAAAGGAAAUUGAAGACAGAAUUUUAGAGAGAUUGAGUUCAUCAGAAGGAAGCCCUGUAGAUGAUAUAGAUCUCAUCAAUACUCUAGAUGCCUCAAAAGUUAAAUCUAUGGAAAUUCAGGCUAAAGUGUUGGUAGCUGAGCAGACAGAGAAAGACAUUGAUCAGACCAGGAGUCAGUACAUUCCUGUGGCAGUAAAUACUCAGAUCCUAUUCUUCUGUGUGUCAGAUAUGGGCAACAUUGAUCCUAUGUACCAGUAUUCUCUUGAAUGGUUUGUUACCAUUUUCCUUGGUGGUAUCUCACAGGCAGAACGAGCAGAUAACCUUCAGCAGCGUGUGUUAAACAUCAACAACUAUUUCACAUUCAGUCUGUAUUCCAAUGUCUGCAGAUCUUUGUUUGAGAAGGACAAACUUCUUUUUGCUUUCUUGUUAUGUACCAGAAUGAAAAUGUAUCGAGGAGAAAUAAAUAUGGAUGAGUGGCGGUUUAUGUUAGCUGGAGGCACACAUGUUAUGAGAGAAAUACCUAAUCCUGCCCCAGAAUGGAUAUCAGGAAGAUCGUGGCUAGAUAUUACCACCACACAGGUCCUUGACAAAUUUUCCAAGUUUUCUGAAGAUUUUAAAAACAAUUUGGAUGGAUACAAGAGAAUCUUUGACAGUACAAUUCCACACAAGGAAGAGCUGCCAGGUACUUGGAAAGAGGACUUUGAUGAUUUCCAGAAAAUGAUAGUUCUGAAGUGUUUGAGACCUGACAAAAUAACUGAUGCUAUGCAGGACUAUGUCACCAAAUACCUUGGACAAAGAUUUAUUGAGCCUCAGACAGCUGAUUUAGACCUUGUCUUUAAAGAUUCUGCUCCAACAAUUCCACUGAUUUUUGUCUUGUCUGCUGGAACAGAUCCUGCUGCAGAUCUUUAUAAAUUUGCUGACAAGUUGAGAUUCUCUAAGAAAUUGAAUGCCAUUUCCCUGGGUCAAGGUCAGGGACCCAGAGCAGAAGCUAUGAUGAGAAGUGCCAUGGAGAGAGGAAAGUGGGUAUUUUUCCAGAAUUGUCACUUGGCGCCAAGCUUUAUGCCAACGUUAGAAAGACUGGUAGAACAGAUUGAUCCAGAUAAGGUACACAGAGAUUUCCGUUUAUGGUUGACCAGUAUGCCAAGCAAGGUAUUCCCUGUCUUCAUCCUUCAGAAUGGAUCUAAGAUGACAGUAGAGCCACCGAGAGGAAUAAAGGCCAACUUGCUGAAAUCUUAUACAAGCUUCACUGAUGAUUUCCUCAAUUCAUGUGAAAACAGGCAUGCUGAAUUUAAAACCCUGCUGUUGUCCCUCUGUCUAUUCCAUGGGGUACUGAUUGAAAGAAGAAAGUUUGGUGCCUUGGGAUUCAACAUUCCAUAUGAGUUUACAGAUGGUGAUCUGCGUAUUUGUGUCAGUCAACUGAAAAUGUUCUUACAAGAAUACAAGGACAUUCCACUGAAGGUAUUGAGGUAUACCGGAGGGCACAUCAACUAUGGAGGUAGAGUAACUGACGACUGGGACAGACGAUGCAUGAUGAGUGUCUUAGCUGAUUUCUACAGCAUGGAAGUGAUCAACGAGGACCAUAAGUAUUCUGAGUCGGGAGUUUAUCACCAGAUCCCCACGACCAAUGACCAUAAUGGAUAUAUGGCAUACAUCCGUUCCUUGCCCAUUAAUGACACACCAGAAGUAUUUGGUCUCCAUGAGAAUGCUAACAUCACAUUUGCUCAGAAUGAGACAUAUUCUUUGCUGAAAUCCUUACUGAAAUUACAACCAAAAUCAGCAGCAGGCGCUGGGAAAUCUAGAGAGGAGGUAAUGGAAGAUAGUGCUAAAGACAUCUUAGGAAGAGUUCCAAAGCCAAUUGACAUCAAUAUUGUUGUAGAAAAAUAUCCAGUUUUGUAUGAACAGUCCAUGAAUACAGUAUUAACACAAGAAGUCAUUAGAUACAACAGGCUUUUGGAAUCAAUACAUGGUAGUCUACAGAGUCUGCUCAAAGCCCUGAAAGGAUUGGUGGUCUUGUCUCAGGAAUUAGAAAUGAUGGCUAAUAGUCUUUAUGACAACAGUGUGCCUAACAUGUGGGCUAAAAAGGCCUAUCCUUCACUGAAACCUUUAGCACAGUGGGUAACAGAUCUUGAAAUGAGGAUGCAGUUUAUUCAUAAUUGGAUAGAGCAUGGAAAUCCAACUUGUUACUGGAUAUCUGGUUUCUUUUUCCCACAAGCUUUCCUGACUGGUACCCUGCAGAAUUAUGCAAGAAGGAAGAUUAUCUCCAUUGAUACUAUCUCUUUUGGAUUCAAGAUUUUACCAAAGGUACAGAGAGAAGCCAGAGAAGAAUUGAAAGAAAGCCCAGCAGACGGUUGUUACAUCUAUGGAUUGUAUGCUGAGGGUUGUCGCUGGGAUUUUGCUCGCCAUAUGUUAGGAGAGUCACGUCCAAAGGAGCUUUAUACUGAAAUGCCAGUACUUUGGCUACAACCAGAAUCCAAUCGGAAAAUCCCAACUGAAGGAGUCUAUGAUUGCCCUGCAUAUAAAACACUUACAAGAGCUGGAACUCUGUCAACCACUGGUCACUCUACCAACUUUGUAUUUUCUGUGGAACUUCCAACAGAUAAAGAACAGAAGCACUGGAUAAAACGUGGAGUUGCAAUGUUGUGUGCACUCAACUACUAAACAUUUAAAUCGGCAAAAUGAUAGCCUUUGAACUUUAUUGAAUUUAUAUGUAUUGUACCAGUGUAAUUAGUUUCAAAGUGCAUAGAUCAGCUUGAACUAUAAUUAGCAUUUUAAGACUUACAAACUAGUAAAGUUAAUUGAAAUAAUUGGAUUUUACUAAAGAAAAAUCCUGAUAGAGUCUUUGCAUGAAAUAUGAUUAGAACGAAGGAUUUAAAAAGGUUUAUUUUUUAAUACUUUGUGACAAUUUGAGGACGUUAAGUCAUGCAUAUUAAGUACAAGUUAAGAACUUUGUGCCUUGUACGUGUUGUUUCUUUUCUGCUGUGAUGUUUUACAAUCUUACUAUAAAGUUUUAUUUUUUAGUUUUAUUUUAUGUAAUGUAUUUGGUACAUAAGCAUUCCAAUAUUAAGAUGGUAUAAGAAAUUUGAUAGAUCUGAAUCUUAAUUAGAUUUACUUUUGGCUUAUUAGAAUAAUCAAAAUACUUUGAAAUUUUUAAUUGAUAAAAUUUAAUUGAUACUUUAUGCUCAAUAUUAUUUGCCACAUAAGAACAUUUAAUAUUUUCAACAAAAAAACGUUCUCGCUUUAGAAUAUUUGUUUGUAAUUUUUGAACGUCAUGUUUUGAUAAGUUUCUAAACAAUAAAUAUUUGUUUCUUAAAAGACUGAAAAAGAGAAGUUUGUUUUUCAUUUAGAAAACAUGUUUUCUGUAUAAUUGAAUUAUAUUUGAUGUAUUUAAAUAUUACUUUAUACUACUGAAAAAUCAAUUUAUUUCAAAUCCGUCCAAGCAUUGCAUAGAUUUAUACUUAUUUAUACACUUGUUAUUGUUGAAGUCCAUUUCAAAAUAUCAGUUUCAAUAAUCAAUUAUAUAUUUAUACACAGAUUUGAAAUCUUGUAAGUUUUUAAACUUGUUGAAAAAUAAAAGCUUGGCUACCUUA